AUCCUCAAAACCCACCAGCAACAACAACAAAACCACAAACAACAGCUUGCUGAACCAGAAAGAAACCUCAAACAUCUUCUCCAACAAACCACACCAUCCUAGCUUUUCUACCUAAGCAUAUCGGAUUACCGGAAUUGAUUUGAUGCCUUACAAGUUACGGAUAGCUUGAUAUCCUAUAAAACUACCCGGAACCGUCUUUCAUCCAUGGCUGCAUCCACCACAAUCUCGCAGCCCCCACAGGGAAACAGUAGUACUAGUAGCAAUCCAACUCGCCCAGUCACCGCGCUUCCUCUGCAAACCUCGGCUAAUGCCAGCAAUUCCACUCCAGCUACCCCUAAUACUACUAGCACCGUCACAUCCUCACUUGCUGCCCUAUCAUCCCAGCCUCAAAACUUGGCCAGUUCUUCAAACUCAACCUCCCAGAAUAAAUAUCGCCCUCUGAACGUCAGAGAUGCCCUCAGUUACCUGGAUCAAGUUAAAGUGCAGUUUCAAGACUUCCCAGGAGUGUACAACAAAUUUCUAGAUAUCAUGAAAGACUUUAAAACCCAGAUGAUUGAUACUCCUGGCGUUAUAGAUGGUGUAUCAUCUCUUUUCAGAGGACAUCCGUCUCUGAUCCAAGGCUUCAACACUUUUCUGCCGCCAGGGUAUAGGAUUGACGUGUCUCAGGGUGAAGGUCCCAAUCAAACUGGAAAUUCAUCCGCGUAUAGUAUUAUCACUGUCACCCAUCCUAUGGGGAUCCAGACUCAAAAGAGGGUCCCCUUACAGACAGGAGGCGAAGAGAUCGGCUCUCAUGUCGUUCCUGAGUCGGCAGCCCCUUUGCCCCCAGCAUCAACAAGUGAACAACCAACGCGCGAAAAUCUGAAUGCGGUCAACUCCGCCAAUCCCUCGAACCAUUUUGCCCCUCAGAAAUCCCUCAAUGAACCACCGUUACCACCGGUCGUCGCCUUGAAACCUAAACCAAUCACGCUUGACGUCAUCGCCAAUCUAAAUCGAAAUCCCAGUCCAGUUCCAUCAAGCAAUCUAAGCACGGAUCAAUCCAAGCCUCCAAUCAAGCCUCUCGAGUUUAAUCAUGCUAUCACCUACGUCAACAAGAUCAAAAACAGAUACGCGAGUGAUCCUAAAACUUAUCAGACGUUUCUUGACAUUCUUCAAACUUAUCAAAGAGAUGCUCGACCAAUACAAGAGGUAUAUGAGCAAGUAAACCAACUUUUCAGUGGGGCGCCCGACCUUUUGACUGAAUUUAUGCAAUUCUUGCCUGAUCCUUCUGGCAAUGCGGGCCAGCUUCCGGCUACAGAUUCCGCCGGAAACCUCCUCCUGAAUUCCGGGGCGUCUUACAUUGAUGGCUCUCAUCCCGUAGCCACCACCUCUGCCCAAAACAUGUCUUCAACUUCUAAACGUAAUCACAAGGAUACUCCGAACAAUUUUCCUUCAGAUAGCAAAUAUCCAAUGUCUUCUCGCGCAGGCCCACCCAUUAUGAACCACGAAGAUCAGAGUUAUACCCAUUCACAACACUCUGGCAAGAAGAGAAGACAUCCAGGCACAGGCGCUCCGAACAAUUACUUCGCACCCUCGAAUGAGCAUCUUGCGCCUGGGGGUUCACGGACUCACAAUUCACUUCAAGCAUUCGGCGCCAAUCAACUUGGUGAAACAAAUGGCGAAUUUAAUCGUGCGGGCAAUUUCAAUCAAACUAGUCCAAGUCGUGGGGUGAAGCGGAAACACCGUACAGUUAACAAAUCCUCCGAUCCAGCCACUUCCGGAACCCCAGUUUCCGGUCUUCCUCCACCUGGAUUUGCCCCUCAUGGCUCUGCAACUAUUGGAGAAGCAUACAGUGCGGCCAAUACCACGAACCAGCUUCUUGACAGAGCGAAACGAAAGUCGCGCAGCAACUCACGAAAUGCCAAUCCAUCAGAUCUUGACCACAAACAUGGCUCAGCUAUUCAUCAGGGCGUACCUAGACAAAGCACAGCCAAGGAGGAAUUGCUCUUUUUUUACCAUCUCAAGACAUACUUUGAAAAUCAAACGACGUACAUCGAGUUUCUAAAAAUAAUCAACUUAUUCACCCAAGAUUUAAUCGACCUCGAGACCCUCGUACUUCGAAUUGAACCCUUUCUGAUCAAUUGUCCCGAAUUGUUCUCGAGAUUUAAAGAUAUCGUCGGUUGGAAAGACGACCUGAUCAUAGGCAAAACUCACGGCCCGGCAAAUGGACAUCUUUCGAAGAAAAAAACACGUCAUUAUCAAGAUCAAACCGCUCAACCGACUCUUUCUGAGCCCGAAACUAUACCGGAAUGUGGUCCAAGUUAUCGAAUUCUUCCUGAUUCUCAACUAGCAUCAAAUUGUUCUGGCAGAGAUGCAUUGUGUUGGGAUGUAUUGAACGACAAGCUGAUAUGCGGCGCACCUGCUACAAAUGAAGAUGAGCAGAUUUUCCUGCCGCGACAAACAAAUGCUUUUGAGAGGGCACUUUAUCAGGCUGAAGACGAACGGCAUGAAUAUGAUUACCACAUCGAAGCCAACGUGCGAACUAUUGCUCUACUAGAACCGAUUAAUCUCCGAAUCCAGCAAAUGGACCCAGAGACACGUGCCGAAUAUCGACUGAAACCGGGGCUUGGAGGGCAAAGCAAAAGUGUCUACCAGCGAAUUAUCAAAAAGAUUUACGGUAAACAGCAAGGUCAAGAAGUCAUUCAGGCUCUCCAUGAGAAUCCCACAUUGGCAGUUCCGAUCGUCUUGGCUCGGUUAAAGCAGAAAGAUGAAGAAUGGAAAAAGGCGUUGAGGGAUUGGAAUAGGGUAUGGCGGGAGGUAGAUGGCAAAAAUUACUGGAAGGCGUUAGAUCAUCAGGGGAUUAGUUUCAAAGCAGUUGACAAGAAGAUGAUUGGAAAUAGGAACUUGGUCAGUGAGAUUGAACUGAUCAAACGCGAACAGCAGCAGAAACAGAAGUUACUAUUGAACCCAUCAAUGAUUCGGUUCCUGCCGAAACAUCAACUGGAGUUACAGCUGCAAAAUGUGGAAGUGUUCUAUGAUGUUUUAAAAAUACUCAUACAUUUCUUAGAUCAUGUAUCUAAUUCGACUGGGCUAGACGAUACCGACAAGGAUCGGAUUGAAGCACAACUGAAGUUGAUCGUCACAUCAUUUUUCAACAUUCCGGAGGAUGAAUUCGAUAAACAUCUCACCCCUCUGCCACCCGAGAGGAAAGGAGCGGAAAACGACGCCAGCAACCCGACCAAGAAUUUCGACACGGAUGGAAAUGAGACGGCCUACUCCGAAGGCGAUACGAGUGACGUUGCCGGAAGCGCUCAAAACAACCAGGGUGAUGAUGAACGACCCGAAGGAACAGUUGGGAGACCGAGCCGGGGGCUUUCUGCUCGAAAACGAGGACCGCCGGCGAAGGAUGGAACGAGUAACGCGACUGGAAACACAGAUCUAAGAAAGAGGGCGAUGAAGAAUGCAAGCAGUGGUGGAGUAAUCUGUAACGACCGAGCAUCAGCCAGACGGAUCGAAUCAAACAAAAAAUCUCUCGGUUUGCGAACUUCACGUGCCCCAAGUCCAACAGAUGAAGUUGCGGCUUCACGCUCUGAUGUGAACAAUAGGGGUAGACCCUCCGAAUCCUAUCCUGGCGACCCAGCAGGCAUCAUCAGAACUUCAUCCAUACGAGACCAACCGUACCCACAAGCAGAUGACGCGAAUGGCAGUUCGAAGAUGAGAAGCAACGCUGCAGAUCCAUCAUCUGCAGUGUGUCAAGAUGCGAAUAGCUUGGGUGAACAGUCACGAUCCUCUGCGAGCCGGGCAACACGAUUGAAUGAAGUGCGUGACACAGAAGAUUCGAACAAGAACCCAAGACCUCAAGAACUUCGACUCAGCUUCUUUGCGAAUAACGGUUACUAUUGCUUCUUCAGGCUCAUCCACAUCCUUUAUACCAGAUUUGAGACCUUGAAGCUCGCCAGUCUUAACGCCGACCUGGCUUCACAACACCUCUCACCUACAAACACCGAUCACGUUGCUUCUAGAUCGUUUGAUCACAUUGCUCCAUCCGCUCCAGCCCGCCGACACUUUAGCUCCUACAAACAAAUGCUAGCUUCGAUUGAGAACUUCAACUCAGGUGUGAUCGACCAGAGUGCAUUUGAAGAGGAAUGUAGAACCUUAUUUGGUAUCAAAGGUUACCUCCUUGUCACAGUAGAUAAGGUUUGCCAAGCAUUGGUAAAAGUGCUUUCCAAUCUAAGUCAUCAUCCUGGAUCAAAGAAAAUCUUAGAAUUAUUUCAGAAUCAAAAAAAGAUGUAUGAUUCGGACCGAGUGAAUCUCACCGAUUGUCAAAAGUUGAGCUAUCGACGCUCAGUUGAAUCGUUGACGGGGAACGGACAUGAAUCAAAAGUUUACAGAAUAGAAUGGAUCACUUCAUCUAGGGCGAUUCGAAUACAGUUGAUCGGAGGUGAUGAGAUUAGUCAAGAGGAUUUCGAUGCGAUGGAGAAGGCUUGGUCAGAUUACAUCGCUAGCUUUCAAGACAUGUCGGUCGAUAGAACCCUUGGGCUAGAAAAUUUCAAAUUAAAGCCGCCGUUUUUGAACAGAAAUAUCAAACUGGUGAAGAAAUCGACCCAGGAUAAACUAGUGACAACUAAAGAAGAGAACGAUUUCAAAGAGGGAAACUUUAUCGCCGAGACUGGCCUGGCGAUCCGGAUCUGUAUGAGGUCUUACAAGAUGUUCUUUCACCCGAACACCACUGAAUUCUUAAUGAGAAAAAAGAAGAAGCAAAUCUCCAAUAAGUCGACAACUAGCGGUUAGCUCUGGUUCGUAUUAUUACUGACUGAAUCAGAAAUGGAAGUUGUAUAGGAUUGAUAGGUCCAUCCAUGUUUACUACCCUUUGGGACACUCAUUUUGUUGUAUGUCUAUAGUCCAGUACACAAUCAUGUGAAAUAUUUAUUCAAGUCUUUAUUUAUUUAUUUAUCUACAUUCAAUCAUUUACAUAAAUAAUCCGUUUCAUCUCGCUUCGAUAUUCUCAAAAUAGAUUGAUGUAAACGUAAGAGUUGUUUCUUUUUUUUCACUUACUUCUUGAAUUGUUAUAUUGUGGUAUUCUUUUUUUUUGCUCACCAUUAUUUUCAACUCAAUCUAUCCUUUUUCCUUCUGGGUCUUUUCCUCGAGUCUUAUUAUUUUCUUAUCGUGUGUUAUGUUAGAAAAAUUGAAUAAAAUUUGUUGGUUUGUUGGCUGUCUGGAGUAUUUUGUAGAAAGGGACAACCCCACAAUCACAAAGCCUUACGCAGCCGCUACACGCGGUCAGUCUGAC